AUGAAUCUACUCCAAUUGAGUAAUAUACUUAUUAAGAAAUUUAGAUCCCCUAGAUCAAUCAGCAUGCUUGAUCCUAUUCUCAUUCACCUUUCGAAGUUGGAAACACAUAUCCUUUUAUCAAAAAUUUCUGAAAAGUUUAACACCUAGUUCUAAUUUUCUUAAGAGCUAAUUUUGCUUUUUUAUGAAUAUUGUCUUUCUAAUUCUGUAUCUUAGGAGUAUUUGCUGUAUUUAAUGAUCAAUUUAUUGCAUAAUUAUAAUUAAAGUAAGAAACUACCUAUUAAACCCUUUUAUCUUUAAUUUUUCUAAUAAAAAUUACAAACAACUUAACUCAAGCUACUUCCUUGUAUAUCAAUAAGCGUUGGUUUGGUUAAGGUUCCAGCUCCAAAAAAUUGA